AUGGCACUGACCGUGUGUGUGCGGCGUCUUACGGGACUGCCAGGCACCCAUGACCGGCAAGUCAAGCUCAGCUUUCGAGGCUCUACCCAGAAAACAAGGAAAAUCCACUGUGGUCGGGAAGCAGACAUCGGCGAGCUGUUCCGUUGGCCCCACUACGGGGCUCCGCUGGCUGGGGAGUGUCUGUCUGUGCGAGUUGUCAACUGCAGCCGCGUGUUCAGUCCCAGGUCUCUGGGGACCUUGGUAAUCUCCCUACAACAGUUAGAGAGUGCUGGGCAUUUGGUGCUACGGGAGGCCCUUGUGGAUGAACAUCUGCGCGUGUCCCCGAUCCAGGUGGAGCUUGACCUGAAGUACCAGCCGCCAGAGGGUGCCACUGGAGACUGGGCAGAGGAGGACUUUGGAGCACCCAUUCGGGACAGCUCUGAGUUAAUCAUCCCCAAUGUUGGCUUCCAGGAGCUUGAGCCUGAGGAGGCCCGACUGGAGCGGCAGGCGGUGGCUUUGGGCCGGCGGCUGGCUCGAAGCCUGGGCCAGCAGGACGAUGAGGACAACGAGCUGGAGCUGGAGCUGGGGCUGGAGGAUGAACCUGAUGUGGAACUGUCCGGGGUCAUGUUCAGUCGCCUCAAAAGCCGUUCCCGGGGCCUGACCCGCGGGGAUCCCUACCAGGCAUCCAGAGCCCAGGAAUUCCAGGUGGGGGUCACGGUGCUGGAAGCCCAGAAGCUGGUGGGCGUCAACAUUAAUCCCUAUGUGGCUGUGCGGGUCGGGGACCAACGCCGAGUGACCACCACCCAGCGUGGGACCAAUUGCCCCUUCUACAAUGAGUACUUCCUGUUUGAAUUCCACGAGACCCGGCUUCGACUCCAGGACCUGCUGCUGGAGAUCACGGCUUUCCACUCACAGACUCUCCCCUUCAUGGCCACCCGCAUUGGCACCUUCAGAAUGGACUUGGGUAUCAUCUUCGACCAGCCAGAUGGCCAUUUCUACCAGAAAUGGGCUCCACUGCACGACCCCCAGGACACCCGCACCGGCAUCAAGGGCUUUGUCAAGGUCACGUUGUCUGUGAGGGCGCGCGGGGACUUGCCUCCUUCCCUGCCGCCCCCGGGGCCGGGGCACAGCGCGGACAUCGAGAAGAACCUGCUCCUGCCGCGCCGGGUGCCGGCCGAGCGGCCGUGGGCGCGACUCCGUGUGCGCGUGUUCCGCGCCGAGGGGCUGCCGGCGCUGCGCUCCGGGCUGCUGGGGAGCCUGGCCCGCGCCCUGCACGACCAGCGCGUCCUCCUAGACCCUUACGUGAAGGUGUCUUUCCUGGGACAGCAGGGCGAGACGUCGGUGCGCAGUGAGGCAGUGGCGCCGGAGUGGAACGAGCAGUUGAGCUUCUUGGAGCUCUUCCCGCCGCUGACACGCGGCCUUCGCCUGCAGCUGCGGGACGAUGCGCCCCUCGGCGACGUGGCCCUCGCCACGCACGUGCUGGACCUGAGGCAGAUCUCCCACCCAGGCCGCGCGGCGGGGUUUAACCCCACCUUCGGCCCGGCCUGGGUGCCCCUGUAUGGCUCACUCCCCAGCCGGGGGCUCCGGGAUGGUCUUCAAGAUCUCAACGAGGGCUUUGGCCAGGGGAUUUGGUUCCGUGGGCGACUGCUGGUGGCCGUGUCCAUGGAGGUGUUGGAAGGCAGGGCUGAGCCUGAGGGCCCCCAGGCCUCAAAGGGGUCCAGGUUGUCCCGACUUACCCGAAAGAAGAAGAAAGCCAAGCACGGCCAGGCCCCUUCGGGGGCUCCGGCAGCGGCCGCUGGCUCCAGUGCAGAGGGGCCCGACAUUCCCAGCGCCGUGGAGGUGGAGGUGGAAGAGCUGCUGCCCCUGCCAGAGAACGCCCUGGCACCCCUCCAAGACUUCCUGCUUUUUGGUGUGCUCUUCGAGGCCACCAUGAUUGAUCCUGCGGUGGCCUCCCAGCCCAUCAGCUUCGAGAUUUCUAUCGGUCGUUCGGGCCGACAGGAGGAGCGUGUGGGCCGGGGUUCUAGGGCCGGACAGGAACCUGAGAGCACUGAGGCAGAGGUGCAGCCUCUGCUGGACUUAGAAGUGGGGAUGGAGCAGGAGCAAGAGGAGGAGGAGCUGGGCACUCCUGCUCAGCAACCUGAGCCCAUGGAUGGCAGCGGGCCAUACCUCUGCCUGCCCCUGCGGCACCGUAAGCCAUGCGUGCAUGUGUGGAGCCGCUGGGAGGACUACACGUGGCGCCUGCAUAGUAGCAACUGUGUGCUCAAAGUGGCCGAGCGACUGGACCUGGGGCUGCAGGAGGUGGAGAAGAUGCAGCGCAGGCCGGGGCCUGGGGCCUGCGCACGGCUCAAGCAGGCACUGGAAGAACUGGUGGCUGGGAGCAGACAGUUUUGCCUUGGUGCUGAGCGCAGGACCAUGACUCGGCCCAACUCCCUGGAUCGCUGCCGAGGGAAAUUGCUAACUCACAGCAUGAACCUGUUGGCAAAGCAAGGACUGUGGCUUCUAAGGGGCCUGAGGCAGGGCAACAUGAAAAAGAAGGUGGCGUUGGCCAAGAAGCUCCUGGCGAAACUGCGCUUUCUGGCUCAGGAGCCCCAACUGUCCUUUCCUGACGUGCUGGUGUGGAUGCUCAGCGGGCGGCGCCGUGUGGCCUGGGCCCGAAUCCCUGCCCAGGAUGUGCUGUUCUCUGUGGUGGAGGAAGAGCGUGGCCGGGACUGUGGCAAGAUCCAGACUCUGCUGCUCACAACCCCUGGAGCAGCCCCUGGGGAAGUCUGCGCCAAACUGGAGCUCUUCCUGUGGCUGGGACUGAGCAAGCAAGCCAAGGCAUGCACCUCGGAGCUGCCCCCUGAGCUGCUGCCCGAGCCCACGGCCGGGUUGCCCCAUAGCCUUUACCGUGAUGAUUUUAGCUACUUCCAGCUCCGGGCUCACUUGUACCAGGCCCGUGGUGUGCUGGCUGCAGAUGACAGCGGCCUCUCGGACCCCUUUGCACGAGUGCUCAUCUCCACCCAGUGCCAGACCACGCGGGUCCUGGAGCAGACACUGAGUCCCUUGUGGGACGAGCUCCUGGUGUUUGAUCAGCUGAUUGUGGAUGGGCGGAGGGAACACCUACAGGAAGAACCUCCGCUGGUGAUUGUCAAUGUCUUUGACUACAACAAGUUUGGCCCUGCGGUGUUCCUGGGGAGGGCGUUGGCUGCCCCAAGAGUAAAGCUGGCUGAGGACCCAUACCAGCGCCCUGAACUGCAGUUCUUCCCCCUGAGGAAUGGGCCCCGGGCAGCGGGAGAGCUCAUUGCCACCUUUGAGCUCAUCGAACUGGACUAUAGCGGCCGAUUUGAGCCCUCGGUGCCUCAUGAUGUGGAGCCCCAGGAUCUGACAGGCUUAGUGGAUCCCCUCUCUGGACGCCUGUCCCUGCCGCCCAGUGUGCGACCUGUGCUCAGAGAGUUUCGCAUAGAGGUGCUGUUCUGGGGCCUGCGUAGUCUUGGGCGUGUGCAUCUGUUUGAGGUGGAGCAGCCCCAGGUUGUGCUGGAGGUGGCUGGGCGACGAGUGGAGUCUGAAGUCCUGGCCAGCUACCGCGAGAGUCCCAACUUCACAGAGCGUGUCAAGCACCUGACUGUGGACUUGCCGGAGCAGCCUUACCUGCAGCCCCCACUCAGUAUCCUGGUGAUUGAACGCCGGGCCUUUGGCCGCACAGUGCUGGUGGGAUCCCACAUCGUCCCCCACAUGAUGCGGUUCACACUCCAGGGUCCUGAGGAUGCCCCUGAGGAGGAGGAAGGAGAAGAGGAUGCAGGAGAGCUGGUACCUCCCAAAAGACCUCAAGAACCACAGGCGCUAGACGCCCCCAUGGCUGAAGCAGGGCUAUCCAGAGGAUUCCUGAAGAAACUCCCCCUAGGAGGCCUCCUGAAUCAAGGCCCUGAGCUGGAGGAGGACAUCCCUGAUCCUGAAGAGCUGGACUGGUGGUCCAAGUACUACGCGUCGCUGCAGGAGCUGCAGGGCCAGGUGGGUGGGCGGGACGUGCGCUCUCCCGCUGCCCGGGCUGUGUGGUUGUAUGAGUCCCCCUGUGUACUCCUGCUCCGGGCCUGUAGCACUUCACUCACUCAGACACCUGCUGUGGGUAUACUGCUUCCAGGUGGGAUCAACCUCGCUUCUGUGGAUGGGGAGGUCCAAGGCCAGGGUGAGGCUGAAGUCAGAGGCUCCAUGGCCCGGACAAAAACCAUAGCCACCCUGAAGAUCUACAACAGGUCACUGGAGGAGGAGUUCAACCACUUUGAGGACUGGCUGAAUGUGUUUCCCCUGUACCGGGGGCAAGGCAGUCAGGGGGACGGAGACGGAGAAGAAAAAGGCUCUGAGCAUUUUGUGGGCAAGUUCAAGGGAUCCUUCAUUAUUUACCCCGAGUCGGAGGCAAUGUCCUCCGAGCCCAAGAUCUCACGGGGCAUUCCCCAGAACCGGCCCCUCAAGCUGCUGGUCAGAGUGUAUGUCGUGAAGGCUACCAACCUCGCUCCCGCGGACCCCAACGGCAAAGCAGACCCCUACGUGGUGGUGAGCGCUGGCCAGGAGAGGCAGGACACCAAGGAGCGCUACAUCCCCAAGCAGCUCAACCCCAUCUUUGGAGAGGUCCUGGAGCUCAACAUCUCACUCCCAGCUGAGCCAGAGCUGACCGUGGCCGUGUUUGACCAUGACCUCGUGGGUUCCGACGACCUCAUAGGAGAGACCCGCAUCGAUGUGGAAAACCGCUUCUAUAGCCACCACAGGGCAAACUGCGGACUGGCCUCCCAGUAUGAUGUGGAUGGGUACAAUGCAUGGCGUGAUGCCUUCCGACCGUCGCAGAUCCUGGCGGGACUCUGCCAGCGCUGUGGCCUUCGCCCUGAGUACCGAGCUGUGGCUGUCAAGGUGGGCAGCAAAGUCUUCCCGACACCGCCCGAGACCCUGCCCCAAGCUGAGCGCUGACCAGCAGUUACCAGCACAGCCUGCCAUGAGGCCCAGGCACUGCUGGUACUGCAGCACUGGCAGGAGAUGCCAGAGCUCGGGAUCCAGCUGGUGCCCGAGCACGUGGAAACACGGCCCCUCUACCAUCCCCGCAGCCCGGGGCUGCUGCAGGGCUCCCUGCACAUGUGGAUCGACAUCUUUCCCCGCGAUGUGCCUGCCCCGCCGCCCGUGGACAUUAAGCCUCGGCAGCCAAUCAGCUAUGAGCUCCGUGUUGUUAUCUGGAACACGGAAGAUGUGGUUCUGGACGACGUGAACCCACUUACCGGGGAGAUGUCGAGUGACAUCUAUGUGAAGAGCUGGGUGAAGGGACUGGAGCACGACAAGCAGGAGACAGAUGUGCACUUCAACUCCCUCACCGGGGAGGGGAACUUCAACUGGCGCUUUGUGUUCCGCUUCGACUACCUGCCCACCGAGCGGGAGGUCAGCGUCCGGCGCCGGCCGGGACCCUUUGCCCUGGAGGAGGCUGAGUUCCGACAGCCGGCCGUGCUGGUGCUGCAGGUCUGGGACUACGACCACAUCUCGGCCAACGACUUCCUGGGAUCCCUGGAGCUGCAGCUACCAGACAUGGUGCGGGGUGCCCGCAACGCCGAGCAGUGCUCUGUGCGGCUGGCCCGUGAUGGGGCGGGGCCCAGGUGUAAUCUGUUCCGCAGUCGCAGGCUGCGGGGCUGGUGGCCAGUGGUGAAGCUGCGGGAGGCUGAGGACAUGGAGCGGGAAGAGCGGGAGGCCCAGGCUGGCAAGAAGAAGAGGAAGCGCAAGAGGAGAAAGGGCCGGCCGGAGGACCUACAGUUCAUAGAUUCAGGCGGCAAUGUCUACAUCCUCACGGGCAAGGUGGAGGCCGAGUUUGAGCUGCUGACUGUGGAGGAGGCUGAGAAGCGGCCGGUAGGGAAGGGGCGGAAGGAGCCAGAGCCAUUGGAGAAGCCCAACCGCCCCAAAACCUCCUUCCACUGGUUUGUGAACCCACUCAAGACGUUCGCCUUCUUCAUCUGGCGCCGGUACUGGCGCAUUCUGGUGCUGCUGCUGCUGCUGGCGCUCAUCACCGUCUUCCUGUUGCUGGUCUUCUACACCAUGCCCGGCCAGAUCAGCCAGGCCAUCUUCAGCCCACUCCACAGGGCCUCCAACUCCAACUGACCUGUGGCUCCAGCACGGUGCCAGCCCUUCAGCUCCGGCUCCUGCAGUCCCCUGGUCCCAUCCGAGCCAGCCCAGUCUGGUGCCUUCUGUGAAUAAACCUCAUCAUUCUUCUGCUGCCA